UUCAUGUAAAAAUAAUCGGAAACGUUUAGUUAUCAAGUAUUUUGAUUUUUGACAGUUCAGUUUGGUACAGUGUUUCGUGAAUUACAUAAGGCUGAAAUAAAAUUUAUACAGGAUGGCCGGAGACUCCUCUGUCGAUUCAUCCCAGCUCAAGGGACUUUCCAAGUACUUUAACAGCCAGACCAAUGCAGGCAGAGCGAACACGGCCAAGGCAACUUAUGCAUUCUUCGGUGCAGUAAUACUGUACUUGACUCUGAAACCCAAGUCAAAGAAGUAAUCUGUUUAUAUUGUUAUUUUAGCCUCAUGCUAGCUAUUUAAUUUCGAUAAGGGCAAUGUAAUUGUUUAGUGCUUAUUAAAUCAUGUAAAAUUCA